AUGAUGGCCCCCUUCGCCAGGGCCCUCGCCCUCCUCGCGCUGCCGGCCCUCGUCCUCGCGCAGGACGAGCCCAAGGGCGACGGCUACUUCGGCUACGACCUCAAGACCCGCGGCGACGACAACGAGUCGGCCGUCUACGAGACGGCCAACACCAACACGGGGGCGGGCGGCGUCGCGCUCGACCCGACGCCGGACGUCUACCUCAACGCCUCCGUGUCGGUGGGCGAGAUCAGCGUCGAGGUGCGGAACCUCACGGCCAAGGUCAACGUCGACGCAAAGGUGCUCAACCUGCUGCACUUUCAGGCCGGCGUCGACGCGCGCGUCGACCGCGUCAAGCUCGGCAUCUACAACGUCUCGGCCCGCGUCGAGCUCGAGGCCCGCCUCGGCAACGUCGUCAAGAUGGUCGACGACGUGCUGACGAGCAUCGACCUGAACCCCAUCAUCGCCACGCUGGGCGACACCGUCAGCGACGUCGUCGACGGCGUGGCCGACGCCGUCGAGAACCCCGUCGAGAGCGGCAGCAGCAGCAGUGGUAGCAGCAGCAGCGGUAGCAGCAGCUCCUCCAGUGCGAAGCGAGACCUGGCGUACCGCCUCGAGAACAACAUCCUCUACUCGGUCAACGACUUCUCCGGGCGCACGCACACGAACCGCGUCCUCGCCCAGAACGGCUCGCUGUACGACGUCCGCCUGGACAACGGCGGCAACGAGCGCGGGCGCAGCGUCGUCGGGCACUACAGCCGCGACAUGACCUUUGGCGGGCACAACCGGACCGUCGAGGGCGGCGAGUUCGAGCUGCAGUACCUGUACGCGCCGUACGCCGGGCUCGAGGCCUUUUGCAACAUCUACGUCGACGCGGCGGGCAGGGUCGUGCGGACCCGCGUCGUGGCCGAGGCCGAGGGCGGCGGGACGGCGACGAUCGGCAACGACGCGGGGGACAGAUAG